CAUGUAGUCUGGUCUUUAGAGAUAUUUUCCACUUGGCUGAGCGCCAAGGAACACAACACAGCCAGAAAGUGUUUGGGUGUGGGGUGUGUACAAAACUAUUUUAUUUCAGUGCAAAUCUCCAAAAACACCAGAAGCAGCACAUGGGAGAUAUACCCUUUAGAAGCAGUGUGGACAGGGCUUCCCUUAUGAAGAGCUGCAGAUUCCCUAUGUCAGGGAAGACCUUUAUCCAUGAGGAAGUUGAGAAGGACUUCCUGGACAGCUCUGGAUAUCUCCAGGAACAGGCCACUCACACCACGGAGAAGCCAAACAAAAUCACCCAGUGCGGGGAUACUUUACAAAGCAGAAAAAAUCAUGACACCUGGGAAGAAUGCAAGAAACCCUUCAGCCCCAAAAACACACUUGUUCAGGACCAGGGUGUCCAUACUAGAAGACACUGUUACAUGUGCCGUGAAUGUGGGAAAAUAUUUAGGUACAAAUCCUCAUUUGUUGUUCACCGGAGAGUCCACACUGGAAGAAGGCUUCAUGUGUGUGGAGAAUGUGGCAAGUCUUUUAGGCAAAGCUCAGCCUUCAGUCAGCAUCAAAAAAUUCAUUCUGGAGCAAGGCAGUGCAAGUGCAGCAAAUGUGGACGAUCCUUUAACCAAAAAUCUCUCCUUAUUUAUCCCUGGAGAACUCACACUGGAGAAAAUUAUUACUUGUGCAGUGAAUGUGCACAGUCUUUUAGCCAUAGAUCCACCCUUAUUCGACAACAAACAGUUCACACUGGAGAAAGGCGUUAUCAGUGCACGCAGUGUAGGAAAUCUUUUAGAAGAAAAUUUUACCUUAUUGUACACUGGAGAGUUCACACUGGAAAAUGGCCUUAUGAAUGCAGUGAAUGUGGGAAAUCUUUUACCAAUAGCUCAGUACUCUUUCUCCACCGGAGAGUACAUACAGGACAGAGGCCUUUUCAGUGCAGUAAAUGUGGGAAAUCUUUUAGCAAUACUUCAAUACUCAUUCUACAUCGGAGAGUACAUACAGGAAAAAGGCCUUAUGAGUGCAGUGAAUGUUGGAAAUCUUUUAGCCACCCAUCUUACCUCACUCAACACCAGAGAAUACAUAGUGUAAAAAGGUCUUAUAUGUGUAAUGAAUGUGGGAAAUCUUUUAUCUCUCGCCCUGGCCUCCGUUAUCAUCAGAGAGUUCACAAUGGAUCAAGGCCUUAUGAGUGUAGUGAAUGUGGAAAGUGUUUUACCUCUCGCCCUGGCCUCCGUUAUCAUCAGAGAGUUCAUGCUGGGAAAAGACCUUAUGAGUGCAGUGAAUGUGGAAAGUGUUUUAUCUCUAGCUCCCAACUCCAUUAUCAUCAGAGAGUUCACACUGGAGAAAGACCUUAUCAGUGUAGUGAAUGUGGUGAAUGUUUCAUCUCUAGCUCCAAACUCCAUUAUCAUCAGAUAGUUCACACUGGAGAAAGGCCUUAUCAGUGCAGCGAAUGUGGAAAAUCUUUUUCAUCUGGUUCCAACCUUAGUAAUCACCAGAGAGUUCACACAGGAGAAAGGCCUUAUGAGUGUGGUGAAUGUGGGAAAUCAUUUAUCCAAAGAUACCACCUUGUUAUACACCAGAGAGUUCACACAGGAGAGAGGCCUUAUGAGUGCAGUGAAUGUGGGAAAUCUUUUUCAUCUGGUUCCAACCUCAGUAAUCACCAGAGAGUUCACACAGGAGAAAGACCUUAUGAGUGCAAUGAAUGUGGGAAAUCCUUUAUCCAAAGAUAUCACCUUCUUAUACACCAGCGAGUUCACACAGGAGAAAGGCCUUAUGAGUGCAGUGAAUGUGGGAAAUCUUUCACCACUAGGAGGACUCUCCGUUAUCAUCAGGAAGUUCACACUGGAGAAAGGCCUUUUGAGUGCAGUGAAUGUGGGAAAUCUUUUACCUCUAGUUCUACCCUCCGUGAUCAUCAAAGAGUUCACACAAGCAAAAGGCCAUAUGUAUGCACUGAAUGUGGGAAAUCUUUUAGAGGAAAUUCUUACCUUAUUGAACACUGGAGAGUUCACACUGGAGAAAAGCCUUAUACAUGUAGUGUAUGUGGGAAAUCUUUUUCGUCUAGCUCUGGCCUUCGUUAUCAUCAGAGUGUUCACACCGGGUCAAGGCCUUAUGAGUGUAGUGAAUGUGGGAAGUCUUUUCCCAAGAGCUCAGCACUCAUUCAGCAUCAGAGAGUUCACACAGGAGAAAGGCCUUAUGAGUGUGGUGAAUGUGGGAAAUCCUUUAGGCAAAUCUCUGCGCUCCGUCAACAUCAGAGAAUUCACACUGGAGAAAGGCCUUAUGAGUGCAGUGAAUGUGGGAAAUCUUUUACCCAAAGCUCUGCACUCCGUCAACAUCAGAGACUUCACACUGGAUCAAAGUCUUAUGAGUGAUGCCACUGUGGGAAACUCUUUAGCUAAAGCUCUGUGUUCCUUCAAUAUUAAUAGUUCACAUUGCAUCAAGGUUUUAUGAGUGCAGUGAAUGUAGGAGAUCCUUUACCCAAAGAAUUGCCCUUAUUGUACACUGGUGAACUCACAAAGGAGAAAAACUUUAUUAGUGCAGUGAAUGUGCAAAAUCCUCUACCUCUAGCUCCGCCCUGCAUUAUCAUCACAAACUUACAGAAGGCCUUGUGAGUGCAGUAAAUGUGAGAAGUCUUACCUCUAGCUCUGCCCUCUAUUGUCAUCAGAAUUUUCACACAGGAGAAAAGCCUUUUGAAUGCAGUGAAUUUGGGAAAUCCUUUAGGGAUAGUUCCCAGUUGAAUCAAUACCAGAGAAUUCACACUGGAGAAAAGCCUUAUGAGUGUAGUCAUUGUGGGAAAUCUUUUACCUCUAGUUCCACCCUCCAAUGUUUUCAGAGAAUUCACAAGAGAAAGGCCUUAUGAGUCCAGGGAAUGUGAGAAUUCCUUCGUCCAAAGGAUUUACGUCAUUAGACAUCAUACUGUUCGCAUUGGAAAAAGGCCUUAGAUGUACAAGGGAAUGUGCAAUUUCUUUGUUCAAUGUAAUCAUACUAGAAGAAACCUUGAGGAGCCAUCUGUCUGGAUUCGAUCUCUUACAUCCACUUGUCCACAGUGGGGUGAUUCCACAUAGUUUCAGUUAUGUGGGAAGCAUGUGUAGCUAUGUUGCACUUUAUAACUUGCUCAGGGCUCUUUCAAGAUUUAUGUCAGUGCCAUUUUCUAUUGUUGAAGCCAUUUCAUCUCUACCACCUGGCAGGUCCACUCAGUGUGCAUCAGUCACCACCCCACUGUGCUCAGGGAAGCUGACCUCUGUUCUCUCGUGUAUUGAAGUAAUUCAGGAGUAGCCUGAGCCCUUAGGGGUCUGUAUUCUGUUCUUUCUAACUAGUUUGGGCAAGGACCUGAGCCAGUGUUGAUCCAGACAAUAUCAAAUGACUUUGGCUGGCAACUUGCAGAGGACAACUGUUUUCAGAAAUGUGUUGUUCUCACAUUGAUGAAUUUUUCCAGCUUCCAAGUCCCUAAGCCAAAGUGUGCUGCACGUUGCUUUGGUUUGUAUAAUAUGAAUGCCUUGCUCAUUAAGUCCUUUUUCAUUUAGGGUGUUCUGCUUACUGUGUGGGGUAUUUUAUAAACAGGUUUGGGCUCCAAAAGUGUGAAGGGUGCACAAUUUUUAUAGUGGUCUCAAACUGUCUGUGCCUCAAGAGUAUGUAGUAUAAUGGCAAAAAAGAACUCGCCAGUUUGGGCAAAAUUUGCAUUGCUGCCAACAAACCAGGAGCCAUUACAGGGCUUUGUGGUCAUCAUUGGAAGCCUGGAUGCUAUGAGUUUUAGGAGAUUCAGAUCAUCCUGAGGAAGAAUCAGAUGUGACAAUCUCACGUUCUUCUUGGAGCAGCAUGAAUGUUUUCCACUAUUCACUGGGGAUUUCAGCAUUGUUGACUUUCUUCCCCAGGUCCUGCAAAGAACCAUGUCCCCUGAUGUCCCCAAUUCCAUGGGUGGCAGUCAGUGGUUGUAAGACCACUGGGGUCAGGGGAAACCAUAAGUGCUACUGAAAUUACACUGGAUUAGUAGGGAUUUGAGGAGACUGCAGCCAACUAGAUGGAAUGUGCCUCCUCCAAAAGUGCAUCCAGAAAUGUUUCUGUAACAGUGACUGUGCAGGCUUAGUUUGUACACAAAUCUCAGGACCUCCAGGUUUGUUUAUCUUGUGUAGCUGCAGUCAUUAUCAGAGAAAAUAAUCAAAAGAUCUUGGAGAUUCCUGUAGUCUCUGAGUGAUGUUCACCUCAAGGCCAUUGCUGCACAGACAGGAAAAGAAAGAGAAUUGUAGUCCAGAGAUGUGACCUAGCUGGCAUUCCUGUGGACUCCAAUGGAAAUAUCCUUUGUUACUAGCCAGUAUUUGCUGCCACUGAGGCAAGAGUGACUCCCAGAGAACAUGAGAAGAAAGAUGAUGGAGUGAAUAUAGGAUUGCCAAGCCUGUUUUCCAAAAAGAACAGGCAAUAAAGAAUUUUUUAUCUUGAACCAUUUUAAAAGUUUUAUUAAGGUAUAGUUUACAUGUAAUGAAUUGCACGUACUUAAUGUAUAGUAUUUAAUAAGUUUUGACAUACAUAUGAACCUGUGAUAACAUCAUCACAGUCAUGGUAAUGACCAUAUCUGUCACUGUGUAUUUGCUUCAUAUCCUUCAGUCUCUUUCCCUGUCCUUCACUGCCCUCCAAAUAACCAUUGAUUUACUUUCGCUUGAUAUAGGUACCUUUGCAUUUUCUGGAAUGUGUGUCAUUGGAAUCAUUAAAUCUUUACAUUUUUUUUUCUGAUUUCUUUUAUGUUGCAUAAUUACUUUGAGAUUCAUCAAUAAUAUAAGUAGCUCAACUUUCUUUGUCUUCUUUUUGCUAUCUUUGGAUAUACAACUAUUAGUUUAUCCAUUCAUCUCUUAAUGGACAUUUAGAUUGUUACCAGUGUUUUGACUGUUGUAAAUAAAGCCUGUACAAGCGUGAACAAUACUUUAUAUGGAUAUAUGUUUCGUUUGUCUUUUGUCAAUAACUUAGGGUGUAAUGUUUGACACUCAGAAUAUAGGUGUUAACUUUUGAAGAAACUAACAAAUUGUGAUCUAAAAUGAUUGUACCUUUUUUCAUUCUUACCAGCAGGGUAUGAGAGUUCCAUUUCUCCACAUUGUAGCAAAUACGUGGCUUGGCUUAUUUUUAAUUUAGCGCUUUUAAUUGGUUUUGUAGUGCUGUCUCACUUUGUUUUAAUUGCAUUUCCCUAAGGAUUCCUGAUGAGCAGUUUUUCAGAUGUUUAUUCGCUAUCUGUAUGUCUUUGGUAAAAUAUCUGCUCGUAACUUUUCUAUUCUUUUGUAAACUUUGGCUAUUUUCCUUUUCUUUCACAAACAGGAUAAUGAAGCAAGAAAGAUGUAUAUUGGAAUUUCACUCAUUCUUGAAUACAUGAGUGACUUCUUUGCUUAGUGGGUUAAUUGUUUUCAAUACUGAAAGAAUAUAUCUUAAUUUUUUUCAAA